ACUGUGUGUUUUGUCAUGUGACCGUAACACGGCUCAGUUAGUACUCAGUUUCCCGUUUCCCUUCUACAGGCACCAAACUGAAAGCAUUGCUUCCCUUAAUGCUCCACAACGUUUCAGACGAGUGACUUCAUGGCUCUUCAUUUACACUCGUACUGGUGUUUGGUUCAGUUUUACUGCUCGUCGGGCUUUGUUCAGGACUUACAUGCCAGUCUGUGGUAGACUCACAGCCCCAGCGGCUUCCCGGCAGGCCUCUCUGUUCACCGUGUGAGCAUCAGUCCACACGCCGCGGUUGGGUGGGUCCAGCUCGGCUUCAGAGGCAGCAUGGUCCCGGUGCACAGCUAGCCUCUGCUCUUCAAAAGCUACAGGAACAAAAAAAGAGGAAUCAUAUCUGUGGUGAACUGUUGAGCUUGGGUGUCAAUGCUAACGAAGUUUUGCUGUCAGGAUGAACGCAGGCACUCAGCAGAGUGAUACCAAGAGACAGCACCUCCUGGAGAGGCUACUGGAUGCAGUCAAACAGUGCCAAAUCCGCUUUGGAGGGAGAAAAGAGAUCGCCACAGACUCAGAUAGCAGGGUGAUCUGUCUGUGUGCUCAGUUUGAAGCGGUGCUGCAGCAUGGUCUGAGGAAGAGCCGAGGCCUGGCCCUCACCGCCGCCGCUCUGAAGCAGGCUGCAGGCUUCAGCAGCAAGACUGAAGCAGAGUUGACUUUCUGGUUCUAUGUAAAAGAGCAUCUGAACCGCCACGAGCUGCAGCGCUUCUACUCCCUUCGUCAGAUCUCCUCGGAGCUGGGCAGAGGUCGAGCCUGGCUGCGCUGCGCCCUCAAUGAGCACUCACUGGAGCGCUACCUGCACACACUGCUGGCUGACCGCCCUCGCCUCGGAACUUACUAUGAAGACUGGGCAUUUAUUCUGGACGAAGAGAGGGCUAGUAUGCUCCCCACAAUGGCAGCAGGUCUGAACUCUAUCCUGUUUGCCAUCAACAUCGACAACAGCGACCUGAACGGAGGGGUGACGCGAGGAGGGGGCUCCUCGGUGUCCCACCUCCUCAAGGAGUCGACGCAGGGCAUCGGCAGCCUCUGGAAAGAGUCGACUCAGGGCGUCAGCAGCCUGCUGAGGGAGAUCAGCACGGCCACAGCUGUGGUGCCGGGCUUCAGUCCCAGAGUGGAGGGAGCCUCAGACCCUCUGCCCGUCGUGCCACGCAGCACCUCUGCUGACUCCGGGCUGAGGAAAGAGCGCCGGAGGAAAAAGAAAAUCACCAACAUCAUCUCCUUUGAUGACGACCUGGACGGCGGGGCGGAGGACGAGGAGGAGGGGGAGGAGGACUCCCAGAAGACUGCAGCGAUGAGGAAGAGCCACACCGCUCCCGCUCAGAGCAGCGUGGAGGAAGGGGUAGACCCUCUGGAGCCCGACUUCUCCGAGUCGCCGGCCCAGAACGGCCUGGACGAGCCUGGCAUUGUCAGCUGGGUGGGGUCCCCUCAUCCCUGCCACGCUCCACCCCACACUGCAACCUCUCUGCCCGACAGUAAGAGUAUAGACAAUGAUGAGGAGGAGGAAGAGGAGGAGAUAUACAAACCCAAAGCACAACAGCAGGAGGAGGAGGAGGAGGAGAGGAUGAGCUCUAAUCAGAUGAUGGUCGGCAGCCUGCCCACAGUGUCCACAUGGAGCCCUCUACAGGUGAUGAAGGUCCACAGCAGCUCAGACAUCCUCAUUCCCCUGAACCCUGCAGACAAUCAGCCAGUGAGCUCUGUGGAAGACACGGCUGCAUUUCCUGCUCAGCGCGAGUCGACAGGACCGCUGGGGAACUGUGAGAGCAGCAGAUCCAUGCUAACAUUCAAUAUGGAGUCCAGUCCACCUGCUCCACUCUCCAAUUCGCUGCCAACAUCUGCUCUGCCAGAGUCCAUGACAGUGGUGGAGCUGCGUCAGGCCAUCGUGGCCAUGAUGAACAGGAAAGACGAGCUGGAGGAACAAAACACGUCUCUCCGCAGCCUGCUGGAUGGGGAGAUGGAGCACUCGGCAGGCCUGAGGCAGGAAACCGAUCAGCUGAAGAAGAAGCUGGCGGAGCUGGAGGAGAGACACACGGCCAAGGUCCAGGCGCUGGCCAGGGAGAAUGAGGUCCUGAAGGUCCAGCUGAAGAAGUAUGUGGGGGCGGUGCAGAUGCUUAAGAGAGAGGGGAGCCAGGGCAAUGAUGUUACGUCCGUGUUGCCUUCGAGUGAAGAACAGGCCCCCGUCCCGCAGAACAAGUCCAUGGGCGACAUCGAGGAACUCGCUUCCAGCUAUGAGCGCAAACUCAUUGAGGUGGCCGAGAUGCACGGGGAGCUGAUAGAGUUUAAUGAGCGCCUGUACCGCUCCCUCAUGGCCAAAGACCACCUCAUUGUCCAGAUGAGACAGGAACUCAUUGACCUGAGAGGACCGGUUGCAGGUGAUUUAAGCCAGACGUCAGAUGACCCCAGCCUUUCAGACUUUGAGACGGCUCAUCGUGCUCUCAUCAACGUGUGGAUCCCCUCUGUGUUCCUGCAGGGCAGAGCUGCCAACGCCUACCACGUCUAUCAGGUGUACAUCCGUAUCCUGGACAACGAGUGGAACGUGUACAGGCGUUACACCGAGUUCAGGGAGCUCCACAAUCACCUGAGAAUCCACUUCCCACAGGUGGACACCUUCAACUUCCCACCCAAGAAAGCCAUAGGGAACAAGGAUGCCAAGUUUGUGGAGGAGAGGAGGAAGCAGCUGCAGUGCUACCUUCGCAUGGUGAUGAACAAAGUGAUCCAGACACUGCCGGAGUUCACCGCCCGCCCUACCAAGGAGACCCUGCUGUCUCUGCUGCCUUUCUGUCUUGACACACCUCAGGCCAACGAUGGUGGAGCCAAGACGCCUCGAUCCAAAACUUCAUCCCGUUUCCCCAGACUGGGCCGCAGAGGCAACCAGGACGCCAGACCUGAACCCCAGAGUGGUGACCUUUAAUCCAAGAGCCUUUGGAACUGAUUAUUGCUCAAAAUAUAGGCUGAGGACUACGAUGGAUAUUUGUCCAAACCUGGACUGUGGCACAUAAAGGGCGUGUAACGGACCUUCACAGCCUUGCAGAUGAAAAGCCUCCGUCAAGGAGGGGGGGGGGAUGCAGUCGGCAUCGACAUCACAGACAUCUCUGAGAGAUAUGUAAAUGUUUUUGUGCAUUUCCUGGCUGAGUAAAAAAAAGAGAAAUGAUUCUCUCAAGGCUGCCUAACAAUGAACCCAAUCAUACAGCCUCUUACCUCACUGAGAGACUACAAGACCCUUUGUUCACUGCACAUGAGCUAGACUGGAGUCUAUUAUCUUAAACACAACCAGAUGACAAGGACAGUUUUUUUUCUUACUCUUACUCUCAGUUUUUUAAGUGAGAGUGUAUCCUGGUCACAGUGCCUACAGUUGGUAGCUGCUUUUCUGCUCCAGGUGAGGGGAGGGGGGUGAAGAGGGGGUAGAUUAAAGCAUCCUCUUGGGGAAUUACUCUUGAUUCUCUGCUAAUGUGUCAGCAUUAUGGUGCCAUUAUAUUUUAGAUAGUAAUAACUCUCAAUCUCUAGCGUGGACCAACAGUCGAUGAGCAUUCCUUUGUCCUACGUAUAUAUUGUAUUUGAAUUAUUGGUAAUCUGCAGGAAGUGUAUCAUACAUCUGGUUCUCCAGAGAUGCAGUUAAUAUCAACAUCGCGUUAAGAUCACAUCGAUGAUCAUAUGAAAGGACAAACACAGCUAAAUCCAACACGUCUUAGUGACGGUAUGGAAAUGAAUGGUGUGGGAUCUAAAGGAAAUCUUACAUUUCCCUUCACAAUAAAACAAACCUACACAACUUAAUUUAUGUUCCAACUUUGACUCAAAACAGACCGACUGCAGAGUGAAACAGUGACAGAAAGAUCCAAAACUUUACCUGACAAGAAAAGGCGGAAAUGUAAAUUAACUUUUACAAAAGGGGCCAUCUUUUAUUUUUUUGUACCCCCUUAUAACUUUACUCCAGUCCCUUAUUAACAAUUCAAAGGUUGCAUAAUAUACUCCUUUCCAACAAGUUAAAAUAAUUAUCAGAGAACCUCAAAACAUGUCUGUGAAGUUUCUUGUUAAAUCCACUCCAGUCCUGUAUCGUAUCAUGCCUAUGAACCCCUCUAUU